CCUUGCCGUGCUGCCGCCGACGAAUAACGUUCAGUCGAGACCGAGCUCAUCCGCGAUACAGUUCUUUUCGCAUCCAAACAGACAAAAUGGCUGAUGUUCCAAAGCGUGAAGUUGAAAAUGUUGAAUUCGUUUUCGAAGUCAUGGGUUCCCCCGGUGAGGGUAUUGAUGCCGUCGAUCUAGGCGAUGCCCUGCGCGCUUUGAACUUGAACCCCACUCUGGCGCUGAUCGAGAAAAUGGGCGGCACCAAGAAGCGCAAUGAGAAGAAAAUCAAAUUGGACGAAUUCCUGCCCAUUUACUCACAAGUCAAGAAGGAGAAGGAGCAAGGCUGCUAUGAAGAUUUCAUUGAGUGCUUGAAACUGUACGACAAAGCCGAGAACGGCACCAUGCUGCUCGCUGAAUUGCAACACGCCCUGCUGGCGCUUGGUGAGAGCUUGGAUGAUGAACAAGUGGAGACUCUGUUCGCCGACUGCAUGGACCCCGAGGAUGAUGAAGGCAUGAUCCCCUACUCUCCAUUCCUUGCUAGAAUGUGUGACAGGCCAGAUCAGCUUAAAUAAUUUACCAACAACAACAAAAAACAACAACAACAUCAACAACAACAACAACAAAUUUAUAGCAACAACCAUUCUCCAGAGAUGUUAAAUUCAUCGCUAACUCUCUCUAUCUCUCUCUCGUAUAUUAUUUAUUUUAAUUAAAAUUUUACUUCUGCUACUACAACUGCAAAAUUGAACUUCAAGAUAAUAUUAUUUUUUAAAAAUAAAAAAAUUUAAAUUAUAAAAUAACGAAAAAAAAACUGAAACGAA